GAGAACAAAGGAAAGACAAGGUUCCAUUGUUUUCUUUGUUCAUUUCCUUUCUUUCUAUGUCAAGAAACCUUUUUUAUUCCUUCAACCUCUUUACAUUACAUUCAUCCACCACUCACUUCAUAUUCAUUAAUUCUUGUAAGAUUAUUUCAUCAUCAUUUGCUCUCUUUGUUUCACUCUAAUUUAACCACAAUUCAUUUGAAACCAUAAAAAAUAAAUCAACUUUUUUACAUUGGUUUUGGACUUUGGUGGUAUAUGAUCUUUGUUUCACCAAGAAAAAGUUGACAAUUUUGUAAUGUGGGCCAUGAACAAUAUUUGAGUUUGGUUAAUUAAAAUGGCUUUAGAAGAAGUUAUUGAAGUGAAAUUCAGGUUAGCUGAUGGCAGUGAUAUUGGACCAUGCAAAUACAGUCUUACCACCACUGUUGGAUCUUUGAAAGAGAUGAUACUUUCACAAUUGCCCCAAGAUGAAGAAAAUGGGCCAAAAACCAUAAAUGAUGUGAAACUUAUUAAUGCCGGAAAGAUAUUGGAUAAUGAUAAAACACUUGCAGAGUCUAGGUCUCGAGUAAGUGAAGUUCCCGGAUGUAUUAUCACCAUGCUUCUUGUUGUGCGCCCUCCUAUGUCAGACAGAAACAACGAGAGGUUGCAAGAUGACUCCUUGAAACAAAGCAACUGUCCAUGUGCCAUUCUUUGAGUGUCGCUGAGCUUCUUUAAGCCCGCGUUUCGAUUCCAGAGCAAAUUUCGAAUGUUUCUUGUGUUGCUGAUAAAAGAAGCUCUGAGGAGGGCCUGUGAUACUUGGACCUUUUUCAUUAUUUGCAACUUUGAUCUAAAAUGGUAAAUAGAAAAGGAACUUUGAUUUAUGGUGAUAUAUUUAUGUUACAAAAGUGUCAUAGAACCUUUGCAGUCCAAACAAAAACACAUGUCAAGAAUUCUAAUUUCAUCAUCUUCGUUUCUUAAA